AUGAACUGGGGGAUCUUUGAGGGGCUCCUGAGCGGGGUCAACAAGUACUCCACCGCCUUCGGGCGCAUCUGGCUGUCCCUGGUCUUCAUCUUCCGCGUGCUGGUAUACCUGGUGACGGCUGAGCGUGUGUGGAGUGACGACCACAAGGAUUUUGACUGCAACACCCGCCAGCCAGGCUGCUCCAACGUCUGCUUCGAUGAGUUCUUCCCCGUGUCCCACGUGCGCCUCUGGGCCCUGCAGCUCAUCCUGGUCACGUGCCCCUCGCUGCUCGUGGUCAUGCACGUGGCCUACCGCGAGGCUCGGGAGAAGAAGCACCUAGAGGCAGCUGGGGAAGAUGCUGGGCACCUCUACCUGAACCCCGGCAAGAAACGGGGAGGGCUCUGGUGGACGUAUGUCUUUAGCCUGGUGUUCAAGGCCAGCGUGGAUGCCACCUUCCUCUAUGUGUUCCACUCAUUCUACCCCAAAUACACCCUCCCUCCUGUGGUCAAGUGUCAUGCGGCUCCAUGUCCCAAUAUAGUGGACUGCUUCAUCUCCAAGCCCUCAGAGAAGAACAUCUUCACCCUCUUCAUGGUAGUCACAGCCGCCAUCUGCAUCCUGCUCAACCUCGUGGAGCUGGCCUACCUGGUGGGCAAGAGGUGCUGCAAGUGCCUGGCAGCAAGGAGAGCCCACACCGCAUGCUGGGGGCAUCACCCAGACUGUGCCGCCUCUUCUUGCAAACAUGACAACGUCCUCUCGGGCAACCUCAUCCUUCUGGGCUCAGACACUCACUGUCCUCUUUUACCCGACUGCCCCCGAGACCACGUGAAGAAAACUGUCCUGUGA